AUGAUGGAAUCAGCUCCUCUUGAUCUGGACAGUCCCUACUGCGAGGCCAAUACUGUCGCUUGGACUGCUUCGGGAAAGACUUUUCAGAUUCACAAUCUCGAAGCUUUCAAGGCCGACAUUUUGCCAAAGUACUUCCCUAACCCGAAAAAGUACAGGUCCUUCACGCGCCAGCUACAGUACUAUAACUUUAAAAACUUUGGUAAGAAUGAAUUUGGACACCCGAUGUUCAUGAGGAACCGGAAGAAGCUUCUCCAUCGCAUCAUGCACAAGACUGUCAAGCGCAAGUCACCACGAUUACCACGUCCAACACAGCAGGAAGCAUUUCCGAUGAUAUCGCACCUUCGAAAAGGGAGAAUGCUUGCGGAACAUCAUCACAAGCUUGUAUUCUCUACGCUUGCAACAAUGCAAGAGUUUCUUCCAGAUGGCAAACAAAUGUUCGAGCAACCGUAUUAUGUGAGUCUUCACAGCCCUUUAAAUUCGCUCCACAAUGUUCGAGAAGUCUGGUACACGCGCUCAAUGCUGAAAGAAAUGGUGUUCGCUGGCAAUGCUUUAGACAUUCCCAGUCCCAAUUCGAUCAACCAGCAACUCGCAAUACCGCAAACGGUAGGAAUAGGAUCCCUCGAAGGAUAUGCUUUGAAAUGGCUGCAGCUCAUCCAGGGCCUAGGUAGCAACGCCAGCAAUCCAUGGGAUUUUCUACUGUGUCUCUAG